AUGGGAGGAAAGGCAUCUAAAGAGGAAGAGGAGGAGAGGAGGCAGGCUGGGAGAAGGAGUGCAGGUAGAGAGACAGCCCUGACGUCAGCCGACAAAAUCAAACGAUAUACCAGCAAACAGUUUGGAUACACCGUCCUGAGCUUGGCCCGCCGGGGCCUCAAGGAACCUCCAGAUGAAUUAUGGGAGUUGGUGGAACUGCAGAAGCUGAAUCUUUCUCUGAACUGUCUGAAGUUUCUGUCUCCUCAGCUGGCCGCGCUCUCCAACCUGGUUGUGCUCAACCUGUGGGGGAACCAGUUAACCAGUCUCCCAGCAGAGAUCGGCCUGUUGACUCGUCUCAGAGUUUUAUUCGUCUACAGGAAUCGACUUACCGAAGUCCCAGAGGAGCUGGGAACCUGUACACAACUAGAGGUUCUGAGUCUAGCUAAUAACCAGUUGACCUCUCUGCCCUCGUCUCUCUCUGCGUUGACCCGUCUGAAGAAGCUGAAUCUCAGUUACAACAACAUCACACACCUGCCUGGUUGUGUUUACACCAUGAAGGCUCUGGUGUUUCUCCAUCUGGCCUGUAAUCGUCUAGAGAACUUAGCCGAAAACAUCCAGGCUCUGGUACACCUGAAAAUCCUCAUCAUGGAGGGGAACAGUCUGCACUCACUGCCCAGGGCUCUCUGCUGCCUUACCAGACUGGAGCUGCUGAACCUUGACUUUAAUGACAUUAAGGACAUUCCUCAGGAGAUGUACCAGUUGUCUAGGCUGGAGAGGUUAGCAUGUCAUCCUCUGGAUAAAGGUCUCCAUAUUCUCCACAACCCGCUGGUCAAACCUCUUAAAGAGGUUCUGGAUGGAGGCCUGAGCCCCCUGUACAGCUACCUGAUGGCUACUACUUAAUACUACACCCUGACACUACUACACCCUGAUACUACUACACCCUGACACUACUACACCCUGAUACUACUACACCUUGACAGUCCUACAUUCUGACACUAC